CGUCACAGAUUUUUCAACAAAAAAAAUCAACAAGAGCAUCAUUGCUUCACUGUGCCGCCCAUUCCAUUCCAACCAUUGGUCCAACAACAUACUGCCUACAUCCCUGAUUUCGCCUCAUACCAUCGCCCUGUUUUCCUCGUAUUUUUUAAGAAAAAGACAUCCCCAAAUUUCCACCAUGGCAAGUAAUGAAGACAAACCGGCGGCGAAAGAGGAUGAGAAUGCUGGAAGCUGGAAAGAUUCUAUCUUCAACCCAAGGACAGGAGAGUUUUGUGGGCGCACAGCGAAGAGCUGGGGUAAGACAACCUGGACCGGGGCUGGGGGAUAGCCCACUGUCGAAAACCAUUUUAAAAAAUUUUAUUAAUCAAAUUGCAGGCUAUUCGAUUUGGAUGUGCAUAUUGUCACAUAGCCUAAUAUCGGAUAGUAAUAUUAUAUUCCAUCCACCCAUUAAUUCAUGGUCUCUAUCAUUGCGAGGCAAUGGUGGCCUGAUAGUGUGACAAUGAAUCUAUUUCUGUCUCGUUGGUUUUGAAGCGUCAUAUUGUCAGCCUCUCAUGAUGUGUGUGUGCGCGCGCGCGUACGUGUGCGCAUGGUGCGUGUGUGUGACACCUUGUACAUUUCAGCACUGAUUAGCGCAAGAUAGAUGAAUGAGACUAGACCACCUUUAUGCAUAAUAAUUACAGACCAAUACUCAGUGUAUUUCCAAUUAAGAUCACAAAUAGACAUAUAGGCUACAACUCAAAUACACGGUUUAUGAGAUAUAAGGUGGGCUAUACCUUGUCUAGGCCUUCUUUGGAAACCCCCCAUUUUGGAAUUAUAAACUAUAUGCAAAUGAUAUUCAUUCAUUAGAUCAUACAUUAAAUGAAUGUUCUCUUUUCAGAACAAUUUGAUUAGAAAUCAUCAAUAUCUGCUCUGUAGUGUAUUGUACUACAUCAGUAGUAUGCAAAAAAAAAUCUGCAGUGUGUGCCUGUGUGGUUGUGUGUGUGCACAUGUAUGUGAAUACAUGUAUGUGAGUGGGAAUCAUCUGGAACAGACCAAUUUAUGGCUAUCUAACAGCCAGCUAGCAUGAUUAUGUGAAGACCUUGAUGUUAAAUCCGUCACUGGUGUUACUAGUGAGAUAUACCACCCACACAAAGAGAAAACAUGAACAUAUUCUCAUUUAUGGAAUUUAUAUCCUCAAUGUAUAGCAGUAAUCUAUGGUUACUUUGAAGAUGGUGAGCUGAGCUUGCUCUAUCUAUGCGAGCUAGCAGCUUGCAUUAAGACCCUGUGUGGUGCUGUGCAGUGGGAUGCUCCUCUACUCUAUCACUCUGUCACAACACCUCCUCCCACCAAGGCUGCAUGGCUGCCCACAUUAGCAUGCUUGUCAAGGUCAAAUGAGUUUCCCCCUCGAUCACGCUGCAGGUGCAUGAUGGGAAUUUGUUGGAGGAGAGUGGAGUGAGGGGGGGGAGGGUGGGAGGUAGGAAGGGGAGGCAAAUAUUUCAGAAUCCUCCAUUCUCUGCUGGUUAUGUGAGAGGUGUAGGCUGUAGGCCUAGUGUGUGAUGAACGACCUGCUUGUCUGUUUGCAUGGUAGGCCCAGUUCUUAUGUUAUAGCCCAUGUCGUUCAAUGGCUUCAUAUGAAAUGCUUACAUCCAUUAUAAUAUUAUAUUGGCUCUGCAAUUUACAUUAAUAUGCAUUAAGAGACAUUACAGUUCUGCAGGAUUUGAAUUAUAUAUAAAUUCUUGGGGAUGGCCUGGCUCGAUAUACACUGAAUGUACCAAACAUUAGGCAUACGACCUGUUCAAAGGCACUUAAAUCUUUUGUCUUGCCCAUUCACCCUCUGAAUGGCACGCAUACACAAUCCAUGUCUCAAUUGUCUCAAGGCUUAAAAAUCCUUCUUUAACCUGUCUCCUCCCCUUCAUCUACACAGAUUGAAGUGGAUUUAACAAGUGACAUCAAUAAGGGAUCAUAGCUUUCACCUGGAUUCACCUGGUCAGUCUAUGUCAUGGGAAGAGCAGAUGUUGUUAAUGUUUUGUAUACUCAGUGUAUAUUUCUAAAACUUAUGGGGGUGCCCAGUGCCCAGCACCCAUGGGCAGCCCUGUCAUUUGAUAAGGUUUCAGACUUGGACCUCUCAAUCAAAAUACUAGGCUGUUCUGUCAUCUUUGAUCAUUCUGCCUAUCAUCAUAAGAAAACAAAAUGCAUACCUUUGCGCAACAAAAUGCUGAGGCUUGAAAUUGGUCCUCAUCUAUCCUUUCCUACUUAUCAUGUUAUUUACAUGGAAAGCUGUCCUUAUUGAAAUGACUAACAUUUACAUGGAUUAAUUAUCUAAAUACACAUUGAUGAACUAAUAUGGCAGAGGCAGUUCACCAAACGUCCCUCAUGUGAUCAGAUGUGUGUAGACCUAGCUUUUAGCUCGGAGGGCUGACACAGUCUGGGUGUCUAAUCUCUCUUACUCUCUUCAGAAGAGAGUAGAGAGGAGAGAGAGAGAGAGGAGGGAGAGAGGAGAGAGAGGGAAGAGAGAGAAGGAGGGAGGAGAGAGAGAAUAAGAGAGAGGAGAGAGAGAGAGAGAGGAGAGAGCGCGAGAGAGAGAGAGGAGAGCGGAGGAGAAGGAGAAAAGAGAGAGAGAGAGGAGAGGAGAGAGAGAGAGAGGAGAGAGGAGAGGGAGAGAGAGGAGAGAGAGGGAGAGGAGAGAAGAGAGAGAGAGGAGAGAGGGAGAGAGGAGGAGAGAGGAGAGGAGAGAGGAAGAGAUAGUGGAUAAACUGAAGCUGACAUAGUUAGUGAGGGUACGUCUAAUGUAUCUAUCUUGUCUCUAAACUCUUUUAAUCGAUCUUCUAUCUCUUUCUCAUUCUCUCUCUCUCUUCUCUCUCUCUAUCUAUCUCUUCUCUCUUACUCGCUCUGUCAUCUCUUCUCUUCUCUUUAUCUCUCUCUCUCUCUCCUCUCUCUCUUCAAUUAUCUCCUCUCUCUCUCUCUCUCUCUCUCUACUCUCUCUCUCUCUCUCUCUCUCUCUCCAGGCCUCAUCCUCCUGUUCUACCUGGUGUUCUAUGCGUUCCUGGCUGGGAUGUUCGUCCUCACCAUUUGGGUCAUGCUGCUGACACUGGACGACUAUGUGCCAAAGUACCGUGACCGGGUGCCACACCCAGGUGAGUAGCACCACAGGGAGAUUAUUUAUUCAAUCAGUCAAUCAAUCAAUCAAUCAAUCAACCAAUAAAUCAACCAAUCAAUCCACCAAUCAGUCAAUUGAAUCAGAUUGGCAGAUUAUUGAUUAUUGGGAGAUUAUUAGCGUACAGGGACAUUCUGAGCACAAGGUUUAUCGGUUAAGGUAGUCAGCGUUUUUUUUUAAACCUGAGAAUCCUGUGGACUACUAUUGGUCAAUAUUGCCACUGUUGAAUGAUGGGAUUUUGGUUUCAACUGUAAUAGUAAUGGCCAAACUCUUUAUAUACUGUCUGUUUGGCAACACUUUAUUUAAAGGGUACCUAUAUAAGGAUGAAUGUGUUAUGUAUGGGUUAUGACUGUGUUAUGUAUGGGUUCUGAAUGUGUUAUUAAUGGGUUCUGAAUGUGUUAUGUAUGGGUUAUGAAUGUGUUAUGAAGCCCUUAUGUAGGUAUCCUUUAAAUUAAGGGUUUCUGGGUUUACCAAACAACAUUGGUGACCCUGAUUUCUUUAUUAGUAGAUUUAACUAUGAUUUACCAUGUAUUUUUGAUGACCCUGAAGGUAGUUGUGAUCUCAUACUGUACUCUCUGUCCCUUAGGGUUGGUCAUCCGGCCCAAGGAAUUGGACAUGGUGUUUAACAGAUCCCAACCUCUCCAGUGCGCCCCGUUUGUCCAGAGUUUAGAGUCUUUCCUGAAACGUGAGUAUGGUUUUUGUUGUCUCCUUGCCCUUUUCUCUCUGUCUAACUUGCCCUCUUUUUUUCUCUCUCUUUCUCUCUCUCAAUUUUAAAUGUACUGUUCAAUAAUGCUUUAUUGGCAUACAGUGGGGGAAAAAAAGUAUUUAGUCAGCCACCAAUUGUGCAAGUUCUCCCACUUAAAAAGAUGAGAGAGGCCUGUAAUUUUCAUCAUAGGUACACGUCAACAAUUUUUUUCUCCAGAAAAUCACAUUGUAGGAUUUUUAUGAAUUUAUUUGCAAAUUAUGGUGGAAAAUAAGUAUUUGGCCACCUACAAACAAGCAAGAUUUCUGGCUCUCACAGACCUGUAACUUCUUCUUUAAGAGGCUCCUCUGUCCUCCACUCGUUACCUGUAUAAAAGACACCUGUCCACAACCUCAAACAGUCACACUCCAAACUCCACUAUGGCCAAGACCAAAGAGCUGUCAAAGGACACCAGAAACAAAAUUGUAGACCUGCACCAGGCUGGGAAGACUGAAUCUGCAAUAGGUAAGCAGCUUGGUUUGAAGAAAUCAACUGUGGGAGCAAUUAUUAGGAAAUGGAAGACAUACAAGACCACUGAUAAUCUCCCUUGAUCUGGGGCUCCACGCAAGAUCUCACCCCGUGGGGUCAAAAUAAUCACAAGAACGGUGAGCAAAAAUCCCAGAACCACACGGGGGGACCUAGUGAAUGACCUGCAGAGAGCUGGGACCAAAGUAACAAAGCCUACCAUCAGUAACACACUACGCCGCCAGGGACUCAAAUCCUGCAGUGCCAGACGUGUCCCCCUGCUUAAGCCAGUACAUGUCCAGGCCCGUCUGAAGUUUGCUAGAGUGCAUUUGGAUGAUCCAGAAGAGGAUUGGGAGAAUGUCAUAUGGUCAGAUGAAACCAAAAUAGAACUUUUUGGUAAAAACUCAACUCGUCGUGUUUGGAGGACAAAGAAUGCUGAGUUGCAUCCAAAGAACACCAUACCUACUGUGAAGCAUGGGGGUGGAAACAUCAUGCUUUGGGGCUGUUUUUCUGCAAAGGGACCAGGACGACUGAUCCGUGUAAAGGAAAGAAUGAAUGGGGCCAUGUCUCGUGAGAUUUUGAGUGAAAACCUCCUUCCUAGCCAGUCUCCAGAUCUCAACCCCAUAGAAAAUCUUUGGAGGGAGUUGAAAGUCUGCAUGGAGGAAUGGGCCAAAAUACCAGCAACAGUGUGUGAAAACCUUGUGAAGACUUACAGAAAACGUUUAACCUGUGUCAUUGCCAACAAAGGGUAUAUAACAAAGUAUUGAGAAACUUUUGUUAUUGACCAAAUACUUAUUUUCCACCAUAAUUUGCAAAUAAAUUCAUUAAAAAUCCUACAAUGUGAUUUUCUGGAAUUUCUUUUCUCAUUUUGUCUGUCAUAGUUGACGUGUACCUAUGAUGAAAAUUACAGGCCUCUCUCAUCUUUUUAAGUGGGAGAACAUGCACAAUUGGUAGCUGACUAAAUACUUUUUUCCCCCACUGUAUCUAUGAAAUACAAUGUUGCGUUAUGGGUCGUUCCCAAAAAUGAGUGCCUUUUGCGCCCCUUUGAUAUUUUAAGUAGAACUUGUGCACAAAUAUUGAAAACUUAAUAAAUUCAAUAAUUUGAAUAAAGACUUGCUAAAGUGCCCAAAUUCAGCAUUUUGACAUCCUCUGUGACUUUCAGGAAGAUUUUAACCCAAUUAACCGCAACAUUUCUCCAAGUUUUCACCAUCAUUGUAAAGCCUUAGUUAUUUUGUUGCUUUGACAAAGUCAUUUCUGAAGAUGAUUAUUUCUUUAAUGUGAUUAGUGGCUCAUUUUAAGGGGGAAAAAAACAAUAUUUCCCUAAUUUUAAGGUCAACCCUGUUACGUGAUCUGAACUCACAUUUUAAUAUGGUGAAACUAUUCCUUUUUAAAUAUUCCAAACAUAUAAUAGUCAAACCAUAGUGUAAAAGCAGCUGGUUCUACUCUUGUUGGCCAUUUUCUGCUGUUUUGUGGUGGAAAACUGAGAGGGUCGAGCAAAACACGUCAACCCUGUUGCCCAUAGACAGACAGGCUCGAAAUGUUUUCACAAUGAACUUGUUUUUGUUACGCUUGCAUUCAAUUGCCCCUCCCACACAACAAGCUUCCAUCCCCCCUGUCACAAGGGGAUCUAUGGCUGAUUUAAAGGCCCAGUGCAGUCAAAAACAUGAUUGUUCUGUCUUUUAUAUACUGUAUAUUUCCACACUAUGAGGUUGGAAUAAUACUGUGAAAUUGUGAAAAUGAUGAUAAUGCCUUUUCUGUGUAAGAUCUGUUUGAAAAGACCACCUGAAAUUUCAGCCUGUUUUAGUGGGAUGAAGUUUUGGCCUGCCUGGUGACAUCACCAGGCGGUAAAUUAGUUAAUAGACCAAUAAGAGAGAGAGUUCCAAACUCUCUGCUAAUAACAGCUGGAGCUUGAUUCAAUCAGAUCCGCAUUAGCCAACAUCCGCAUAGCGGUUGUUUUGACGGUGUCGGAGGUGGAACUGUGUUAGAGCUGUCAAAUCCACAAGUGGCUUCCGGCAUCAUACCUAAAGCGGACAUUGCCAUUGGCUGCACAGAGUCGCAUUAACAGAAAUCCUAUGCAGCCUUGUUUUCGAACAGUGGAUUGUGAGAUGUAAUCUACACCUCGAUUAGGAUGAUAGAAAUCCUCAUUAUUUAGUUGAAUGAUUUUUCAUUUUUAGCGUAAUUAUUUCUAUAUAGCCUACACUUUCUCGUUCGGAACUUCUAACGUGAGUGGGGCGUGUGUGGCUUCAUGACAAUGAUCUCAAGAGAAGCUGCUCAUCGAUUUGAAGGCUCCAACACAGUUCCACCUCUGACAACCGCCAAAACAUCCGCUAUGCGGUGUCUGAUAUCACCAGUUAACACUUGAUCUGAUUGAAUCUUGGCCCUAGUUUUCUAUUUUCUCCUCACCACUCAGACCACUCCCAGACAGUCCUAGCAAAAUUCUUGCUUGAGAAAUUGCUCUUUGCUAAGAAACUAUUUUUGUUUCUUAAGAAAAUAAAAGCCUGAUGAAGUUCCAUGGCAGAAAUCAGCUAAAGAGGGAUCGGAACCCGGUGUAAAUCAGUGACGCCUCGCAGCACGUCAAACCAAUCAAAUGCCUUGCUUGGGCGGAGUUCUAAAGGUGCACACCAGAUAGUGCAGUAGGAGAAACAGUGCAUGAGGAUUAAACACGUCUACAAAAUAUUUCAGACCAAAAAAAUUGAACGUUUGCAGCACGCUGCUUUUCACGACAUUUCUCUGUUAUUUCAAGAUGAGCUAAAGCUGCAGCAAGAGGGAAGAAAUGAUUUACAAUGCUGGCCAUGUUUAAUUUUGACGUUUCUGAAGUGAUAUUUGGCUGUAAAGGCUAGCAUGAGGGACAAGAAGUAGCUAGUCACAAUGAGGUUCAUUUUGAGAAAAGUCUAAUAACCUUGUAGGCUGCCUAUGUAUAACUAGCUAGCUACUAGCUAGUUCAAUUUCUCUCACGAUUAUAAAGCCCAAUAUGUUAAUAAUAACGCUCUCUUCAUUUGCAAACAGGAUUUCACGUCUUUCCAUAUCUGAGAACAGAAAACAUCACAAAGAAACCGGCUUCAUUAUACUCAAAUUAGACAGCACUGAAUAUUAUGUUGCUAUUAUCUCUAUGUUUUCCCCUCUAGGGAAUGGAACUGGAUUAUCUUUUCAUAUUGUCCUCCCACAAAAUGACCUUCCCUAUCCAGUAGCCUACACUCUCCCUUUACUGACAGCUGGAGCUUAAAUUUCACCCUCUUCCAUGGCUGUUAUCUACAAAUGCAUUUGGAGACUAUGUUUUUAAUUUACAAUGAUUACAUCAAGAUAGCUACAGUGAGGGAAAAAAGUAUUUGAUCCCCUGCUGAUUUUGUACGUUUGCCCACUGACAAAGAAAUUAUCAGUCUAUAAUUUGAAUGGCAGGUUUAUUUGAACAGUAAAAGACAGAAUAACAACAAAAAAAUCCAGAAAAACGCAUGUCAAAAAUGUUACAAAUUGAUUUGCAUUUUAAUGAAGGAAAUAAGUAUUUGACCCCGUCUCAAUCAGAAAGAUUUCUGGCUCCCAGGUGUCUUUUAUACAGGUAAUGUGCUGAGAUUAAGAGCACACUCUUAAAGGGAGUGCUCCUAAUCUCAGUUUGUUACCUGUAUAAAAGACACCUGUCCACAGAAGCAAUCAAUCAAUCAGAUUCCAAACUCUCCACCAUGGCCAAGACCAAAGAGCUCUCCAAGGAUGUCAGGGACAAGAUUGUAGACCUACACAAGGCUGGAAUGGGCUACAAGACCAUCGCCAAGCAGCUUGGUGAGAAGGUGACAACAGUUGGUGCGAUUAUUCGCAAAUAGAAGAAACACAAAAUAACUGUCAAUCUCCCUCGGCCUGGGGCUCCAUGCAAGAUCUCACCUCGUGGAGUUGCAAUGAUCAUGAGAACGGUGAGGAAUCAGCCCAGAACUACAUGGGAGGAUCUUGUCAAUGAUCUCAAGGCAGCUGGGAUCAUAGUCACCAAGAAAACAAUUGGUUACACACUACGCCGUGAAGGACUGAAAUCCUGCAGCGCCCGCAAGGCCCCCCUGCUCAAGAAAGCACAUAUACAGGGCUGUCUGAAGUUUGCCAAUGAACAUCUGAAUGAUUCAGAGGAGAACUGGGUGAAAGUGUUGUGGUCAGAUGAGACCAAAAUCGAGCUCUUUGGCAUCAACUCAACUCACCGUGUUUGGAGGAGGAGGAAUACUGCCUAUGACCCCAAGAACACCAUCCCCACCGUCAAACAUGGAGGUGGAAACAUUAUGCUUUGGGGGUGUUUUUCUGCUAAGGGGACAGGACAAAAUCUUGGGUGAGAACCUCCUUCCCUCAGCCAGGGCAUUGAAAAUGGGUCGUGGAUGGGUAUUCCAGCAUGACAAUGACCCAAAACACACGGCCAAGGCAACAAAGGAGUGGCUCAAGAAGAAGCACAUUAAGGUCCUGGAGUGGCCUAAGCAGUCUCCAGACCUUAAUCCCAUAGAAAAUCUGUGGAGGGAGUUGAAGGUUCGAGUUGCCAAACAUCAGCCUCGAAACCUUAAUGACUUGGAGAAGAUCUGCAAAGAGGAGUGGAACAAAAUCCCUCUUGAGAUGUGUGCAAACCUGGUGGCCAACUACAAGAAACGUCUGACCUCUGUGAUUGCCAACAAGGGUUUUGCCACCAAGUACUAAGUAAUGUUUUGCAGAGGGGUCAAAUACUUAUUUCCCUCAUUAAAAUGCAAAUCAAUUUAUAAAAAAAUUUAUAUGCAUUUUUCUGGAUUUUUUUGUUGUUAUUCUGUCUCUCACUGUUCAAAUAAACCUACCAUUAAAAUUAUAGACUGAUCAUUUCUUUGUCAGUGGGCAAACGUACAAAAUCAGCAGGGGAUCAAAUACUUUUUUCCUUCACUGUAGCUAAUAGGAAGUUAGCUAGCUUAUGACAUUUAAUUAACUUAGCUAAACUGUGUGUAAAGUUAGCUAGCUAGCUAGCAGCUCAGUUGAGUUAGCCUACAAAGUGGCCUAAUGUAGCCAGCUAGCUAAUAAUACAUCGUUUUUUAACGUUUAACAUUUUUAUUUACUUACUUGAAUAGGUUCUCCCAUGGCCUCCAUUUUUUGGGUCUUUAAAAAACCGAAAAUAAGGCAAAAAGUGGGUUUGUCACAAGAGCGGUUUAGAACGUGUUGUGAUGUUUGACUUUACCAGUGUAAUCCACUUUCAAUGUCAAUAAAUAUAAAUCGCAGACUGUCGGCCACGCUUGAAAACUAGCACUUGAAACUAGCAUACGCAACAACUCUCUACAAAAGGUGUCCUACUCGGACGGAAAACAGUGACGCACACUUCUACGGGCAUGUGGGUUGGAGGGUUCUUGAAAUGUAACAUCCAAUCAAAUCUUGCCGCUGGGAGCCAGCCGAUCAUUCAAAAUUCUCCAGAUCUCCAAGGGAGGUGUGACAUCGAUGUGAUUUUAGAGGUAUGGCAACACAAGACUAAUAGACCAAUAACAAAAAGUCAUUAUUGUUUUUUCUCAGAGUACAAUGACACGGAACAGGAGAGUAACGUGGCGUGCGUGGCGGGGGACUACUUUGAGCAGGAGGGCAAGGUGGGCGAGCAGAGGAAGGCGUGUCAGUUCAAGAGGAGCGAUCUAAGCCUCUGCUCCGGCCUCUCCGACUCCACCUUCGGUUACGCUGAGGGGAGACCCUGUGUCCUCCUCAAAAUGAAUAGGGUACCUCCUCCUUUCCCUCUUCAUAUUUGUUUCCCAAUUUACUUUCCACCCAAAGUGUGUACUUGCACACUCUCCGUCAUUUAAAACCAUUGGAUUGGUUUAAGCAUUGGCUGGAUGGAUUUUCCACCAUUGUUCAAUCCAUGACGGGGAAGUGCACAUUUUGGGAACAUUGUAGAGAAUUAGGAUGAAGCCAAUACUCACUGGAUGCAUGUCAUUGACUUUAAUACACUCGGGUCCUGAUGAAGCGCACAUUGGAUAAGUGCAGACCCAAUUAAAUUCAGGGCAGUGCUGUGUAGUCCACCAGUCCCAAUUCAAAUACAUUGUUCAUGGACACAUUCACAAGAGCCUUGAGCCAAUGUAUGUAUCAGUAGACGACAUUAGCCAAUAGUGGAUUUCUCUCCUCCUCAAUCUAGAUCUUUCCAUUUGCUUCUCUUUGUUACCAUUCUCUAUUAUUAUGUUUUGCUGUCCCUUUUCACCCUCUCUCCUUGUAAAGUUGAAGUCGGAAGUUUACAUACACCUUAACCAAAUACAUUUAGACUCAAUUUUUCACAAUUCCUGACAUUUAAUCCAAGUAAAAAUUCCCUGUUUUAGGUCAGUUAGGAUCACCACUUUAUUUUAAGAAUGUGAAAUGUCAGAAUAAUAGUAGAGAUAAUGAUUUAUUUCCGCUUUUAUUUAAUUUAAUUACAUUCCCAGUGGGUCAGAAGUUUACAUACACUCAAUUAGUAUUUGGUAGCAUUGCCUUUAAAUUGUUUAACUUGGGUCAAACGUUUUGGGUAGCCUUCCACAAGCUUCCCACAAUAAAUUGGGUGAAUUUUGUCUCAUUCCUCCUGACAGAGCUGGUGUAACUGAGUCAGGUUUGUAGGCCUCCUUGCUCGCACACGCUUUUUUCAGUUCUGCCCACACAUUUCUAUAGGAUUGAGGUCGGGUGCUUUGUGAUGGCCACUCCAAUACCUUGACUUUGUUGGCCUUAAGCCCAUUUUGUCAAAAAUUUGGAAGAAUGCUUGUGGUCAUUGUUCCAAUUGGAAGACCCCAUUGCGACACAAGCUUUAAAUUGUCUUCACGAUGUUUUCCUGAGAUGGUGGCUUCCUCAAUAUAUCAAUCAUAUUUUCCUUAAUCCUCUCGAAUGGCCCAUCUGUUUGUGAUGAAGGCAAACCUGACACCAGGCUUCCAUCCUCCUGCAGCAAAGCACACCCACAAAAAUGUCAUGAUGCAAGCUGCCACCGAAUAAAUCCAGUGGCUUCACGGUUGAGAUACGGUGUUCUUACCACCAGGCUUGCAGCAAGAGAACCUCCUAUGGUUUCCUCCAAACAGAACGCCAAGUGGGUCACUAAUGGAAUAGCCAAACAAUUUACAUGAUUGUCUGAGUUUCUAUCACAGACAAGAGGACAUUUCUAAAAAACAGUACGAUAUUUGUCCCCAGCCCCCGACCAUGCAGUUGGACAAAAAACCGUAUGUUUGCAUUAGUCUGGCUUUUUAUGGCGGUUUUGGAACAGUGGCUUCUUCCUUGCUGAGCGGCCUUUCAGGUUAUGUCGAUAUAGGACUCGUUUUACUGUGGAUAUAGAUACUUUUGUACCUGAUUCCUCCAGCAUCUUCACAAGGUCCUUUGCGGUUGUUCUGGGAUUGAUUUUUCCUUUUCGCACCAAAGUACAUUCAUCUCUAGGAGACAGAACGCGUCUCCUUCCUGAGUGGUAUGACGGCUGCGUGGUUCCAUGGUGUUUAUAUUUGCGUACUAUUGUUUGUACAGAUGAACGUGGUACAUUCAGGCGUUUGGAAAUUGCUCCCAAGGAUGAACCAGACUUGUGGAGGUCUACAAUUUUAUAAAUGAGGUCUUGGCUGAUUUCUGUUGAUUUUCCCAUGAUGUCAAGCAAAGAGGCACUGGGUUUGAAGGUAGGCCUUGAAAUACAUCCACAGGUACACCUCCAAUUGACUCAAAUGAUGUCAAUUAGCCUAUCAGAUGCUUCUAAAGCCAUUACAUCAUUUUCUGGAAUUUUCCAAGCUGUUUAAAGGCACAGUUAACUUAGUGUGUGUAAACUUCUGAUCCACUGGAAUUGUGAUACAGUGAAUUAUAAGUGAAAUAAUCUGUCUGUAAACAAUUGUUGGAAAAAUUACUUGUGUCAUGCACAAAGUAGAUUUCCUAACCGACUUGCCAAAACUAUAGUUUGUUAACAAGAAAUUUGUGGAGUGGUUGAAAAACAAGUUUUAAUGACUCCAACCUAAGUGUAUGUAAACUUUCGACUUCAACUGUAUAUGUUUCUAUCCCAUUGGAUUGCUCAGAGUAGACCACAUUGAUAAUAAUGAUUUAAAUUAGCCUAUUGUCUGACUGUGGCUCUCUGAUUUGUUGAUUGGUUAAUUGGUUUUCCAUUCACAGAUCAUUGGGCUGAAGCCGCGUGGAGAUCCCUAUGUCAACUGCACAGCAAAGGUAAAUGUCAUCAUAAUUUCAAUAUGUGUGUUUUGUCUGUGUUUGAAAAUAGCAAUAUACUCUGGUUACAUUUAUAUCAUUUUUGUUAUUUAUUGUUUAUGUUGAUAUUUGUGUCUUCUUUUUUCCUGAUUUGGUUUGAUUUUGUUUUUCUGCAUGCUUCCAGUUGAAGCUUUAGGGUAAGCUUAGCGAUGUGUAAGUCUAUUUGUUUAUACAGUAUGUAAGUUACUACCUUGUGGAAAUAACUUACAUUGUAGUAGCAACUUACAGGGUUGUUUUGUUGUCUCCCCCCCCCCCCCUUUUAAGUGCUCUAUUGUGUUAUGGGCUUUAUUCCAAAUCGCUUUUGCUUCUUUUGGUCCUGUUUGAUGCAGUAUACCAAUGUUAUAAUAAGAACCUUUUAGAAACUUCCAGUGUUAUUAUAAGAACUGGCCAUUGACUCUGACCUCUCAUGGAACCCAGAAAGAGUAGCUGUUGCUUAAGGUAAAAGCUAAUGGUUUUACAGUUCCUUGCAAAAGUAUUCAUCCCCCUUGGAGUUUUUCCUAUUUUGUUGCAUUACAACCUGUAAUUUAAAUGGAUUUUCAUUUGGAUUUCAUGUAAUGGACAUAGACAAAAUAGUCCAAAUUGGUGAAGUGAAAUUUAAAAAAAGUACUUGUUUAAAGAAAUUCUAAAAAAUUAAUAACGGAAAAGUGUUGCAUGCAUAUGUAUUCACCCCCUUUGCUAUUUUAAAAAAAAACCUUUAUUUAACUAGGCAAGUCAGUUAAGAACAAAUUCUUAUUUACAAUGACGGCCUACACCGGCCAAACCCAGACGACGCUGGGCCAAUUGUGCGGCGCCCUAUGGGACUCCCAAUCACGGCCAGUUGUGAUACAGCCUGGAAUCGAACCAGGGGGUCUGUAGUGACGCCUCAAGCACAGAGAUGCAGUGCCUUAGACCGCUGCGCCACUCGGGAGCCCGAGCUAUGAAGCCCCUAAAUAAGAUCUGGUGCAACCAAUUACCUUCAGAAGUCACAUAAUUAGUUAAAUAAAGUCCACCUGUGUGCAAUCUAAGUGUCACAUGAUCUCAGUAUAUAUACACCUGUUCUGAAAGGCCCCAGAGUCUGCAUCACUACUAAGCAAGGUGCACCACCAAGCAAGCAGCACCAUGAAGACCAAGGAGCUCUCCAAACAGGUCAGGGACAAAGUUGUGGAGAAGUACAGAUCAGGUUUGGGUUAUAAAAAAAUAUCAGAAACUUUGAACAUCCCACGGAGCACCAUUAAAUCUAUUAUUAACAAAUGGAAAGAAUAUGGCACCACAACAAACCUGCCAAGAGGGCUGCCCACCAAAACUCACGGACCAGGCAAGGAGGGCCUUAAUCAGAGAGGCAACAAAGAGACCAAAGAUAACCCUGAAGGAGCUGCAAAGCUCCACAGCGGAGAUUGGAGUAUCUGUCCAUAGGACCACUUUAAGCCGUACACUCCACAGAGCUGGGCUUUACGGAAGAGUUGCCAGAAAAAAGCCAUUGCUUAAAGAAAAAAAUAAGCAAACACGUUUGGUGUUCACCAAAAGGCAUGUGGGAGACUCCCCAAACAUAUGGAAGGUAUUCUGGUCAGAUGAGACUAAAAUUGAGCUUUUUGGCCAUCAAGGAAAACGCUAUGUCUGGCGCAAACCCAACACCUCUCAUCACCCCGAGAACACCAUCCCCACAGUGAAGCAUGCUGGUGGCUGCAUCAUGCCGUGGGGAUGUUUUUCAUCGGCAGGGACUGGGAAACUGGUCAGAAUUGAAUGAAUGAUGGAUGGCGCUAAAUACAGGGAGAUUCUUGAGGGAAACCUGUUUCAGUCUUCCAGAGAUUUGAGACUGGGACUGAGGUUCACCUUCCAGCAGGACAAUGACCCUAAGCAUACUGCUAAAGCAACACUAGAGUGGUUUAAGGGGAAACAUUUAAAUGUCUUGGAAUGGCCUAGUCAAAGCCCAGACCUCAAUCCAAUUGAGAAUCUGUGGUAUGACUUAAAGAUUGCUGUACACCAGCGGAACCCAUCCAACUUGAAGGAACUGGAGCAGUUUUUCCUUGAAGAAUGGGCAAAAAUACCAGUGGCUAGAUGUGCCAAGCGUAUAGAGACAUACCCCAAGAGACUUGCAAAAGGGGGAGGGUGAACAAAAUAGGAAAAAUGCCGAGGGGGGUGAAUACUUCUGCAAGCCACUGUACAUAACAGUGUAUGCAGCAUUAGGAAUAUAUCAAAAUCUUAGAUAAUAUAUUAUUCUUACGUACUCAUAUGUACUUGUAUAGAUCUGAAAAGAUUGGCUAGAUGUGCGCAAUAUGGCAAAAAUGACACACAACAUAUCAGAGGGCUAUUACCAGGGUUGAAAGUAAGCCGGUCCGGUACAGAGUACCGGCAAAAUAAAUAGUGCAGGUACAGCGUACUGCUUAAAUAUGAGCCUAUCACAAUAAUUAAUACAAAGAUGGCACGAAAACUGUAGGCUAUUACACAAUAAUUUAUCAUUACCACUUGUCAGCCACAUGAGAAAAUAGCAAAUGGGCUUGAAAACGGGUGGUAUACACUCCAAAAUGUGCUGUGGUUCGACAUGCACACUAACAUUUUGCGAAAGCAGAGAUGACUGGCCAGGACCGAGAUGCGCGCAGACAGCAGUGGACGCAUCAAUCAAUUCUGGCUAAAAGUGUGCAUACUGUAAUGACAAUCGUUGAAUGUGAUUAGCCUACACUUUUUGAUGUUUUAAUAGAUGUCCCUUUCCAUUCAUCAAAUGGCAGGUGCACAGUAUUUUAGAUGCUGGAAUUAUUUAGAUGAGUGGAUGAACGUGUGCAGGUAGAUUUGUUUGACAAUCAGAUGAAAACCUCAUGAAUGGUUGUGUUCUUGCCCCAUUAAAAGGUAAAUACAUUUUGACAGUUAAAUUACAUGUCUGUACUAUACUAAAAAUUGUGCAUGUGCCACAUAGGAGGUCUCAUACCAGGAAGAAAUUAAAUCUACUUUCACCCCUGCAUUUGACCUAGUGAUGCAAGAAUUUGAAAGACCGUUGGAUGGACGUAUUGUAUAUUCAACAGUUCUAUCCAACCCUUUCAGAUCUAUAUGAAGUCCCAACAGUCGAUUUGGGAUAGGAUAUACAUAUUCUUGCUGUUCUAUCGUUUUUCCUGUGUUGACUAUUAUUCUUUCUCUUCCUCCUUUUCCUCCUCAGAGGGACACCCCCGUACAGAUGCAGUACUUCCCUAGUGAGGGACGGUUCGAUAAAAUGUAUUUCCCUUACUACGGCAAUAAGCUUCACGUAAGUUUGGAUAAAAAGGUCAAUAUUUGUCCAUUUCUGUCUUGUCAUACUGGUUGGUGCUAUAUGGGAAAGCAUUAUUAUACAAUGAUGCAAGAAUUUGGAAGACCGUUGGAUGGACGUAUGGUGUAUACAACAGUCUUUGUUGGUCAAUUAUCAUUUUUUUCCACUUUGUCCCUCUUUUCUUUCCCACUCUAUUGCACUCUUACUGUGUGUCUCAACCUCCCUCUUUUUGGCCCUUCCUUCCACCUCUCUUUAUCUCUCUCUCUCUCCCAUCUCCUUUCUCUCUUUCUACUCCCAUUACCCCCCCCCCUCUGUCUGUAGGAGAGGUAUGUGCAGCCCCUGGUUGCAGUUAAGCUGUUGCUGAACAAGGACGACUACAACACGGAGCUGACCAUCGAAUGCCGGAUCGAGGGAUCUGACUUGCGCAACAACGACGAUCGAGACAAGUUCCUGGGCCGUGUCACCUUCCGAAUCACAGUCAAAGAGUAGGGAGUAGUGAGGAGGAGGCUAGUGUGGAGAAAUGUGGUUCUGACCUCCCCCGGACGAUUCCUAUUAGAAUAAGAUGGGCCUAAUUCCAAACCAAUCCCUCCACCUUUUCUCCAUAUCCUAGGCGAGGAACAUUCAAAUCUAGUAUUUUUCAUAUCACCUUGGUAGUUCAUUGAUUGGCCAGAUAGUCUACUCAUCUGGUGUUACAGGUCAGUCUCUGGUUAGGUGUGAUAGGGAAAGAUUAAAAACCAGUAGUGCUGUGAUCCCCGAAUCCUGGAUUUGAAUACCUUUCUCUUAGGCUAUUGUUGACACCAUCUUGUAUUUCUGAUAGGGUUCGAUAUGUGUUUAUUUAUUUAUUUUAUUUAACCUUUAUUU